GGCCCGUCUAUGCUACCUUACUUUGGAACAUAUGGCAUCAUUUUGUCAGACAAUCUUUCUAAGCGAUUUAGAGAAUUCAAACCUGGAGAUGUGGUGAUAUGUAAAUCACCUGAAGUUCCGAAUAGACAAGUUAUGAAGAGAAUUAUUGGAAUGCCAGGAGAUAGCAUAUGUAAAGAUCCGACGGCAGAAGAAAGGGAAUAUUUAACGGUACCUCGAGGACAUAUUUGGGUUGGCGGUGAUAAUUUGAGUAUGUCAAAAGACUCUAGAACAUAUGGACCAGUUCCUUUGGCAAUGGUAAAAGGAAGAGUGCUUGCAAAGGUAUUAUUAUUGCAUCUGGAAUAA